AUGACAGAUAAGAAGCUUAUAGUUGUUCUUGGAGCUACUGGUGCACAAGGCGGCCCCACAACCCGUUAUAUCCUCAAGCAUCUUUCUGAUACUUACCGAGUGCGGGCCGUAACCCGUGAACCUACAAAGCCAUACGCUCAAGCUCUAUCCAAAAGUGGUGCCGAAGUUAUCUCUGCCGAUUAUGAUAUUCCUGACUCCAUCAAGGCUGCUCUAUCCGGAGCCCAUGCCAUAUUUGCUAUCACUAACUUCUGUCUACCCGAUGGAAGGACAUUAGCUGGACGUCAAUUUCAAAACAUCUUACCAUAUAACGCUAAAGCACUGAUCCGACAUGAUUUGGCUGAGAAUUAUCCGAUUUUGUGGAAAAAAACUACAGAGGUGUUUGUCGCAUUCUACUUUCAAAACUGGGUCAGGUAUUCAAUGGUCUUAGGUCCUUAUAAGGCGCCAGAUGGAUCAUUUGUACUCUCAAUGCCAUAUUCAGGUUACAUUAGGGUUCCUUGCUCCGAUGCUGGGGACACAGGAAUGGCAAUUGGAGAAGUCCUGAGGGGAGGGAAGAAAUUCUUUGGAAGACAGGUUGUGCUUUUUGAAGAACCGAUUCCAGAAGAAGAAAGAUUCAAGGCAUGGGCUGACGAACUCGGUAUCAAAGCUAGAUUCGAGCAAGUUUCCUCGGAGCAGCACGCAAAGCGACUAUCGAGCUAUGGGCUUCCCUCAGAUACUGCCGUUGCUAGCACAGAAUUCGUUGAGGCCUUACCGUAUGAAGAAUCAAUGUUAAUGAGUGUGAGGCAUGUACAGACGGAAGAGUACCUCCCAGAUUGUUACAAAUUGGCCACUUGGGUAGAUUAUGUCAGGAAGGAAGACUGGUCGCCUUUGAUAGGUACAUGA